AGCACUACUACUCUCAGUUGUAAUCCAAACAGAAAAGAGAGGAAGACAGGCAUUUACAGAGCUGCGAUCAAUUUUGUACUGAAAGGAUGUGCUGAAUCGAGAGUGAUGCGCUGAAAUUCAGAAUCAGCACUCCAAUGAAAUUAACUACAUGCAGUUUCAGUGGAAGUUACUCUGAAACAUUCAGCAUCAGUGCAUUUUCCAAUGAUUUUCAUUAGAAGGCAUCCUCUUUCUCUACCAGAUCUCAUCCCCAUUAUCAUCCCCAUACUACGCCGCUGGCACGACCAUGAAUUUCACUUUCCCAUACUUUUUCUUCGAACUCGCUGUCAAUAUCAUCGUCACGAUCCUCAUCGUACUCCGCCUAUACCACUAUCGUCUGCACAUGAAGCAAGCAUUACUAGGUCCUGAACAUGUAGCAGAAAACACAAGUGUCGCAUCCAUGAUCGUCGAGAGCGCAGCGAUCUACUCUACGUUCUCCUUACUAUUCCUAGUCCCAUUCGCGACGAAAAGCCCUGUUGCGAAUGUGUUCCUGCAAGUGCUUGGAGAGGCGCAAGUCAGUGGUUUCAUCAUCAUCAUGCUCAUUCGAGUUAUAUUGACUUUGACUUUGCUAUAUACAGCUCAUCGCCCCCCUUCUGAUCAUAUUCCGCGAGGCACAAGGGAACGGCUGGAUCAGUUCCGCAUCAUCCACAGCGUAUUCCAGUAAAACCGCUGUCCGAUCAGUACAACUCUCAGACAUUGAGUUCACGUCUCAGCAUAUGCAUAACGAGGGUCUCAAAUCCACUGACCAUAGAGAUAUCUCCACGACCGCAGAGGAAAGUCUUGGUGUCAAU